AUGGCAUUAAUUAAAAAUAUCACUUCGCAAAAUAUUAUGAAUGAUUUUAAAACAACUACUAUAAUAUGCGGCAGUAUCAUAAUAGCCGAAGAAGAGGUCAAUUUUCUAGAAUCAGAAGUUUAUUCAACUUCAUUGGUGAAUCAAUUACUAAAUGAUCCGUCUUAUAUACACAAUAGAGGUUAUGACAAUAUAAAACAUGAUAGAAAAACAAAACAUUUAACUGCUAACACUUUACAAGGUAAAGGAAAAUUCAUCAUGAAGCCAAUACUUUUCUAUUCUAGCGAGAAGAUGGAAAGCAUCAUUUUUUUACAUGUUGGCAGCGAUUUGUGUGGUCAUGAUGGCAUCAUUCAUGGUGGAUUAUUAUCAACAAUUAUGGAUGAAGGGUUGGCAAUAACUGCAAUUCCAUCAUUACCAGAUAAAAAUGGAGCAACAGCAUUCCUACAUGUGAAUUUUCGUAAACCAUGCAAAGCAAACCAAAUAUUGGUUUGUAAAUGUAAAGUUACAAAAAUUGAGGGUAGAAAAGGCUUUGUUGAAGGAAGAUUAGAAACAUUUGAUGAAGGUGUUGUUUUGGUAGAUGCUAAUGCAUUAUUUAUAAGUGAUUUUGAUAAAGAUGAUGAGGGUGACAAGGGUGAUAAUACUGGUGAUGUUGAUAAGAAUGAUGGUGUCUUUGGCUUUUAUUUUGGUAUAGUUUUCAGUGUUAUUGUUGUUAAUUGGAGAUUUAUAUUAUUUUGUGAAUCUGUUGUUGAUAAUGAUGAUGCAUGA